UUGUUUGUUCAUUCACAGCCAGUUCCUCCCUCCCCCCGCCGCGGGUCAUCUGACUCUCAUCAUUGCAUUUAUUAUCUUUGUUUGUGAUACACGUGUGCUGUUCUUAACAGGAAAAUGAUGGACAAAAGCGCAAUGAUGAAUAAAAUGAGAUGCUGUUGUAUUUCCGUAGACGUCGGAACCUUCAUUUUUGGAAUUUUUAGCGCUGUGAUAUCAGCCAUCGGUAUCCUUGCCUUCGCGACCUUCCAUCUCUGGUUCGGAGCCUUCUCCCAAGAAAAGGACUUCGAACAAUGGCUGCGAGACCCCAACUCCAUGCCGUCGCACGGAGAUGCCCAAUAUAAGAAGAGAUUGGCGACUUAUAUGUGGAUCAUGAUCUUUGUGUUCCUCUGGUUUAUAUCCUGUCUGGUGUCGUUCAUCUUCUCAGUGUUCCUCUGUUAUGGAACCCACAAGAGGCGGCCCGCCUUCGUGAAGGCCUACUUAGUCUACGGCAUUGUGAUGAUCACACUGAUGCUGGCGGUGGCUUGCUACCACACCUGGAGGGGAGAUAUCGUGGAUACGCUCAUACAGCUCAUUUAUUGCGGCCUAUACUCGUUGAUUCUCCUGAUGGUUAAGCGCACAUACGAACUCAUCCGAGCUGAGCACGCCUGCGAGUCCACACAAAUUCUAACCUCCAAACCUAGCAUGAAUAUUUAAUUUCUAGAACGUUUCUUCAUUAUCAAAAUUAUUUUAAAGCAUAAAUUAUUAAAUUUACGGCCUUGAUAGGACUUUGUAUCUCAAGCGAACCUUCCUCCCCAAACUCACCACUGGCUUUGUUUUUGAAUUUGGAACCUUAAGUUAUUGAAUUUUGUACAUAUUCCUAUAUACAUAUCUACAAUAUUUGUUCAAAACAGAAUGGUAUGUACAAAAAUUUGCACGCCCCUGGAGGUUAACUGCAAGUAAGUUCCCAAUUUGAGAAAAAUUCGCAGCCCAUUCGCGCGCUCCAAUAAAUGCCAGCUAUCAUAUCAUGUCUGUAUCAAAACUACAACAUCUGAAUACAGCUCCGGUAAAUGGUGUCGUGCAGUCCUUGCAGGUGUUGCUUCGGUUGAUGAUCCUCGGAAUAGAGCAAUAUCCGCGAAAAUCGAAGUUCGUACAUUUCGAGCAACUAGAGAUAGUCACUCUAAUUACGCCUUAAUUGGAGUAAAAGAGUAAGAUGACCGAAAUUUGCGAAUUUCGGUGUUUGCGGUAGGCCCUCAGAUCGAAACGUCGAGUGAUAAUAAGCGAAAGAUUCCUAGUCAGUGCUUGUAAAAAUUAUAAUGAAAAAUACAUAGUUUUUUCUGCAUUUAAAAAAAAAGGAAAAAGAUACAAUGUAAGUAAAAUUGUCUAAAAAUAUUAAUGGUUAAUAUGUGUCUUCUAAUAUAAUUAUCUCUGUAAUGUAUAUCAUAACAUAUAUUGGUGUUGUAGUAAACUAAUAAAUUAAGUCUUGUCUGAGCAAUCAUAAAAUAAUAUUAGUCAUAAGUGGAAACUGUUUUGGCUGUGUAUUCUCUAAAUGAAUUAUUUAACUGUACUAUUUUCCCUGUUUGUUUCCCAAGGUAAAAAAAAAUUACGUGAGUCACGUUUUUAAAUAAUUUAAAAAUAAGUCUGCAUCUCACGAGAUACAUAUCAAAAUCUCCAAACAUAUCAAAAAUUGUUGCCUAAUCGAAAAUAAAAUGAUGAAUAAAAUUGUAAAGUAAAGCGCAAUUCUGGCCAAACGUCGGAUGAGCAUUGAUUGUAAAAUAUUGCGCAAUUCUGGCCAAAGAUCGGAUGAGCAUUGAUUGUAAAAUAUUGCGCAAUUCUGGCCAAAGAUCGGAUGAGCAUACGACAUUGGCAUAUUUAGCAUUAAAAUAAAUUUAAUGUUAUGAUAAAAAUUGUGUAAAACAUUUGAAAUAAAUUAUUAUCUAUAUUUUAAAA